CAGACUGGUCCUCGUCCUGCAGCUAGCCAAAUGAGGACUUGAACAUCGUAUUUGUUUUUAUCUAGAGAAGUUCUUUGGCCUCCCUGUGGACGAAACACUGGGGCAAAUACCUGCGUGUGUUCUUAUUUUGAGGUUUUUGAAGGAUAUUGGAGUCAGCUUUGUUUUGGACUAAGCGCGGUAAUGCUGCUGUUAUGUUGUGAUGAGUGUAGAAGUCUGGGCCGCCGCGGUACACCACUGGGUUCGGUAUUCGGACUGCCGCAUAGCCCAGAGAAAUGUAAAAGCUAACUCAUUGAAAAGCAAAAGCUGGUAUGGUAAUUGAGUCAUCAUUUUGAGCUAAAACGGGGCAUGAUACCGCUGCGUUUGUUCCGUCCGUGCAGCUUUCGUCCACAGCAUCCAAACAUGACAUUGCCUCUGCUUUUACUUCUGUGAUAACACCGUCACAUAUGGCUCUAGUCAUGCCUGUGCGCUCUCUGAUGGACUUUUGACGUAGGUUUAGCGCCAAGUGCCAGCAACUGUUUCUAGAGAUGUCUUUCACAAUGGAGGAUAAUUUGGAGUCUGGGUGGGUAGCAGUUCGACCAAAUGUGUUUGAGGAAAAGGAAAAACAUAAAUUCGUUUUUAUUGUGGCCUGGAAUGAGGUGGAGGGAAAAUUUGCCAUCACUUGUCACAACAGGACGGUACAGAGAAGGAGCUUGAUCAAAGAUUCAGAAUCUCACAUCAGGGUCAUGGCCAAAGAGGAAACGAUAGGAUGCUCAAAGCUCCCAUCAGCCCCUGCAACACCGCCUAGCCCCGUUAAAGUUCAGACUGAGGACGACACUCGUCUGAGCCCGGAUAUAGAGGUGCUUCACGAAUUGUCCCCUGGGCCGGACAGUCCAGAGCUGGAGGGGCUGGAGGAGAGCUUACGCUCGGAGGAUUGUAGUUGGGCAGGGCUCUUCUCUUUCCACGACCUUCGGGUCAUUCACCAGCAGCUGUGCUCCGUCAACUCCGCCCUGGAGCCGUACCUCCCGGUGUUCCCGGAGGAACCUGCGGGGAUGUGGAGUGUACUUUUCGGCCCCACGGAG